UACGAUAUCAGCUGGUUGUUCAUAAAGCGGAAAGAAAAAUAUGUUGGUGUCCCAAUGGGUGUGACAAGGUUAGGCAUUAGUAUAAAAUCAAAACCAGAAUUGCGUUUGAUUGUAGUUCAGUUAUCCAGCAACCAAGAAAAUGCACGCUCUUAGCUCAGUUGUCUUCCUCGUAGUCGUAGCAGUAGCCAGCGCUAGUGUGCUGGGACCUGCAGUCCUCAACGGAGGUGCCACCCUCAUCGGACCUUCAGGUGCCGUUGUCAGAUCAGGUCUUAUUGGUGCACCCCUUGGUCUAGCUUCCCCGCUAGGUUUGGGACUUGCAGGACCUCUUGGUCUUGGUCUUGCUGCUCCUCUUGGAGUCAGAGUUACCGCCACCAAUCUUCGUGUUGCCCCUGCUGGUUCCCCAGUUGGAGUUUUGGUACCAGCCGGAAACGGUUUGGAAGGACAAUGGGUUCCUGACAUCAGCGAAAGGCUUCACGACGAUGGUUCUUACAAACCUGAGAUCUAUGGAGCUUGAGAUUUUUUUAUAAUUGACUGAACACUAGCUGUACCUCGAAAAUUGUUGUAGAAAAGAAGUAUAUAAGUAGAUAUUUUUCAUGAUAA